GUUCUUGUUUCUCUUCCUCAGAGGGAGGAGGCAGAGGUGAAGGCCAAGGAAGAGGCGGAGAAACAGCGGGUGGAGAGGGAGAAGCACUUCCAGAAGGAGGAGCAGGAGAGGCUGGAGAGGAAGCGGCGCCUGGACGAGAUCAUGAAGAGGACGAGGAAGAGCGACGCAGGGGACAAGAAGAAUACCAAGGCCGCAAACCAGGUCAACGGCAAAGCCACCACCGAGGUCACGAAAGCACCAGAAGGCUCGCAGAACCCCCAGGAGCCAAUGAACAACGGCGCCGCCACUGUCGUCAGCCAAUCACAAGCCGUCUCCGGGACAGUUGCGGUCAACGGCGUGCAGCCCGCAGGGCACCAGAACGGCCUCUCGGCCAAUGGGGAUGCAGCUAAGUUCAGCGAGCCCAUCUUGGACUAUGAGGGAGGAGAGCCCUUCAUGAUGAAGACGGGACCCAUGAAGCCACAGCAUGUAGCAGAGGUCCUGUGAGUCUCCAGCCCCGGACGGUUGGAAUACCACCCCUGGGUGUCGCGUCGAGCAGAGGGACUUGACCUCCAGCACCCCACCUCACUCACAGACACACACACAUACCUACAAACAUACACACACACACGCAAACACACACACACACACACACA